CUUCCUCCUCUUCUUUCAUCCGAGGCGACUGUGUUUGGCGUCUCCUCCGGUUACCACAACAGGCCGAGCCGUUGCUCAGUGACGCUUUGCUAUAAAGCAUCUUGUUGCCCUCGUUCCCACUCGACUGAUCCCAGGUCAACACCGGAGCACUUCAAGAGACAAAAACAUGCGUGAGUGCAUCUCUGUGCACGUUGGUCAAGCUGGAGCUCAGAUCGGCAAUGCAUGCUGGGAGCUGUACUGCCUGGAACACGGCAUCCAGCCGGACGGUCAGAUGCCCAGCGACAAGACCAUCGGCGGUGGAGACGACUCCUUCAACACCUUCUUCAGUGAGACUGGAGCUGGCAAACACGUUCCCAGAGCCGUCUUUGUGGAUCUGGAGCCAACGGUCAUUGAUGAAGUCCGUACUGGCACCUACCGCCAGCUCUUCCACCCUGAGCAGCUGAUCACUGGAAAAGAAGAUGCAGCUAACAACUACGCUCGCGGUCAUUACACCAUUGGCAAGGAGAUCAUCGACCUGGUUCUUGACAGGAUUCGUAAACUGGCAGACCAAUGCACCGGUCUCCAAGGUUUCCUUAUCUUCCACUCCUUUGGAGGAGGAACCGGCUCUGGUUUCACCUCUCUGCUGAUGGAGCGCCUCUCUGUUGACUAUGGCAAGAAGUCCAAGCUGGAGUUUGCCAUCUAUCCAGCCCCCCAGGUGUCCACAGCUGUAGUGGAGCCCUAUAACUCCAUCCUGACUACCCACACCACCCUAGAGCACUCUGACUGUGCCUUCAUGGUGGACAAUGAGGCCAUUUAUGACAUCUGUCGAAGAAACCUGGAUAUUGAACGCCCCACCUACACCAACCUCAACCGGCUGAUUGGUCAGAUUGUGUCCUCCAUCACUGCCUCCCUGCGCUUUGACGGUGCCUUGAAUGUUGACCUGACAGAGUUCCAGACCAACCUGGUGCCCUACCCACGGAUCCACUUUCCUCUGGCCACCUACGCCCCUGUAAUCUCAGCAGAGAAAGCCUAUCAUGAGCAGUUAUCUGUGGCUGAGAUCACAAAUGCCUGCUUUGAGCCUGCUAAUCAGAUGGUAAAAUGCGAUCCUCGCCACGGGAAGUACAUGGCUUGCUGCCUGUUAUUUAGAGGUGAUGUGGUGCCCAAAGAUGUCAAUUCUGCCAUUGCCACGAUCAAAACAAAGCGUACCAUCCAGUUUGUUGACUGGUGUCCCACUGGUUUCAAGGUGGGCAUCAACUACCAGCCUCCAACCGUGGUUCCUGGAGGAGACCUAGCCAAGGUCCAGAGGGCAGUGUGCAUGUUGAGCAACACUACUGCCAUCGCUGAAGCCUGGGCUCGACUUGACCACAAGUUUGACCUGAUGUAUGCCAAAAGGGCCUUCGUCCAUUGGUACGUUGGAGAGGGAAUGGAAGAAGGUGAGUUCUCAGAGGCCAGGGAAGACAUGGCCGCCCUGGAGAAGGAUUAUGAAGAAGUGGGCACCGAUUCUCUUGGUGAUGAAGGAGAAGAAGGGGAAGAAUAUUAAAUGCCCAACACCUGAAACACCAUCGUUAAUUGGUUUCUCUUUCCUGUAGGCUAGUUCAUAGUCAGAAUCUUGUGGAAGCAGAUGUCUGCAA